CCCUUCUGAUAUCCUCUUGUGAAUCCCCUCAGUAGACAAUUGUUUUGAUUAGAGUUCCCAGAGGCUACCAUCGCCAUAUCCAGAAGCCCAAAAUGGCACCCAUUGCCACCUACGCCGACGACGAGAAGAACGGCGCCGCCCUUGAGGCCACCUCGGACGCCCUCGACGCCGUCAACAUCCUCAAAGCCAAGGCGGCGGCAACACUCGAGCAGUCCCUCGAAGCCGGCGGCUUGGUUCCCGAAAACCCACCCAGGUUCGACUCGGAGAAGGACAAGACAUCAUUCCGGCAGUACGAAGAGGCAUGCGACCGGGUCAAGGCCUUCUACCAGGAGCAGCACGAGAAGCAGACGGUGGCGUUCAACCUCGGCGCGCGGGUGCGAUUCCACUCGGCGUCGCGCGAGGGCGAGGAGAUGUCCAUCUGGGAGGCCAUUGAGAAGCUGAACACGCUCAUCGACGAGAGCGACCCGGAUACGGAGCUCAGCCAGAUCCAGCACCUGCUGCAGACGGCCGAGGCCAUGAGGAGGGACGGGCAGCCCAGGUGGAUGCAACUCACGGGGCUGAUCCACGACCUGGGGAAGCUGAUGUACUUCUACGGCGCCCAUGGCCAGUGGGACGUGGUUGGGGAUACGUUUCCGGUCGGGUGUGCGUUUGAUGAGCGCAUCAUCUACCCCGACACGUUUAAGGGCAACCCCGACUCCAAGGAUCCUGUGUAUAGCACCAAGUUUGGCAUCUACUCGCCUGGCUGCGGCCUGGACAAUGUCAUGCUUAGCUGGGGACACGACGAAUAUCUGUACCACGUGGUGAAGGAUCAAUCGACUCUGCCGCCAGAGGCUCUGGCCAUGAUCCGCUAUCAUUCGUUUUAUCCAUGGCACAAAGAGGGUGCUUAUCGGGAGUUGAUGGCGGAGAGGGACCACGCCAUGCUAAAGGCUGUGAAGUCAUUCAACCCCUAUGACUUGUACAGCAAGAGCGACGAUGCGCCGUCUGUCGAGGAAUUGAAGCCAUACUACCUGGAACUGAUUGACGAGUUCUUCCCGGAGAAGCGAAUCAAGUGGUAGAUGUUUGGGGCAGAUGCCAUGACGGGAAUUGGGAUUGUAUGCCUCGGCAAAUCUACAUAGUCGCAUAUGUUCUUUCCGCCCUUACACACAUACAAUCCACCUCUUCCUCGGAGC